AUGUGGACUUUGAAAGUGUGCAUCUUCGCCGCAGCUGCCAUUCUGAGUGCUGCAACAGCUGAAAACGACGCGGGAGCUCCUGCCGACGCCAAGAAGACUGAGAAAAGGGGCGUUUAUGGCGGCUACGGGGCUGCAGGGGGUUUGGGUGCAAGUGGUGGUUAUGCCGGAUAUGGAGGCGGUGGUCUAGGUGGAGUCGCCAGCGCCGGAGCAAUCGGUGGAGGCGGCCUCGGAGCUGGACUCGUGGUGUUGGUGCAAAAUCCACAUCCAGUUCCUGUGCCUGUACCCGUCACCAGGAGGGUCCAAGUAGUCAUCCCUGUGCCGGUGCCCCAGCCGGUUCCUGUCGGCGUGGGAAGUGGUGUGGGUCUCGGGGGCAGCAUUGGUGCAGGAGCUGGACUCGGUGGUGGUUUCGGAGGAGGAGCCGGAUUUGGGGGUGGCUAUGGAGGAGGUAUCACUGGGGGUGCAUCUGGUCUCGGUGGCCUGGUCGGAGGAUACGGAGGUUAUGGGGGUUACGGAGGCUACGGAAAGGGAGGUGGCUUGGGUGGAGCUGGAGGUGUGACUGGUUACUCCAGCGUAACCAUUUCUACUGGCGGCGGUCAUCACUUCAAGGGGUAA